GCCCUGGCGGCGCCACAGCAUCCAGUUGGCGACCCCGGACGCAAGCGCUUGCGACCGCUUCGGGAGCUGUGGGAGCGCGCGGUGCUCGUCAGAGCGUGGAGAUCAGCGAUGAAGUGCAGGUUGUCCUGGCCCGCGCUCGACAGACGCUGCUGCGCCGACCACGAGCCAAGGGCAAUUGGGUCCAGGCCUUUGCUCGGCACGACACGACAGGGCUUGGUGAACUCAGCCCCGAGCAGUUUGCCACCUUCCUCCAGUCCCUGUCAGUGGGGCUGAGCUUGCGUGAGGCCACUGAGACAAGUGUCUGUUGGAAGCCGUUCAUGGCCACGCAUCACUGGGUUGACGCUCCGGUCAUUGACCUCGAAGACGAUGACCUGCUCUCCGUUGGCAAGUCGCCAGUUGCCAACAGUUGGAAGGUUCCUCUCCAAGCGUUUCAUUGCCCGGCCAUCGACCUCACACAACAAGAGGCACUUCUGGAACCGCCUAAGGCAGCGCACCCCUCCCAGAAGGCCAGGCGUCGGUUCCUGGUGCGUAUCAGGCAGGCUACGAAGGCCCUACAGAGCCCGCAAGCUGCACAGGCGCCGGGCCAGGUCCAUCAGCGACUGCGAGAAGGGCUGCUGGGUGCAACGAUGCAACGUCUCCAGUUUCGCGCUGUCGUGGCGCGGCGUGGUAAGACCCGGGGCCGAAAGGUGUGGCAGAAGGAGACGCUGCUGCUGCGAAAUGUUGCCGCGACAGCUGGUGAUCUUCCCGACAGGAUCUAUACGGAUCAUGUUUGGCUGAAGGUGGGGAAGCAAAUCGAGCGCUUAGCGCCGAAGCCUGGGCAGCUGAUCGAGUUUGAUGCCAGGGUAAGGUGGUACAGGCCGCUGGCGAUGGGGAAUGACAUGGGACGUACAGGGAGUAAAGGGCUGAAGGUUCAGCUUUUGGAUUUGGAGGCUUCGGAGCUCGUAGACUCCAUUGUGACCUGUCUCCUGAGCGAUAGGUCGACCGUGUCGCUCGCCGUGUUCGGCGAGGCCAUCGAACAUGCGCUGUCCACAGGGGAGUCGGAUGCCGUGCAGCUUGCAACGGCACUUGCAGGGGAGUCUGCGGAGGGCCUGGCGGCACUUGUGGGGCAGAAUGCGGUGGACGCAGUCACCUCCUUGCCAGAAUCGCCUGAUCCGGACAGAGUACACAGGUUCCUCUUGUGGCUACCAAAGCAUGCGGAUGGAAGCGUGGACUGGGUGAUAGCUGAGGAAUGGCGAGUUGCUUCUUGCAAGUCUGUGAGAGUGGGAUAG